GUUCUCCUUGGCGCGCGCUCGCUGUCUCGCGCCGCCGCCGCCGCCGUCCUCCUCGUCUUUGCUUCGGCCUCCCGGGGCCUGCGCGUGCGCGCUCGCCGUUCUCCCACAGCGCGUCCCCCCCUCACCUUCCCCUCCUCCCCCGGGUCCAGCUGCUGGCCCAAGAUGGCGGCGCUGAGCAAAUCCAUCCCCCACAGCUGCUACGAGAUCGGGCACACCUGGCACCCCCACUGCGGGCGAGCUUUCGUGCACAUCACCCAAGGGGCGUUUGGAGAGUCGCUCCGCAUCUAUGGGACCCUUUACCUGAUUGCUGCAAUUCUCCGGAAACGAAAACUUGAUUAUUAUUUGAACAAGCUGCUUCCUGAAAUUCUGCAAUCAACAUCCUUCCUUACAGCAAAUGGAAGUCUUUACAUAAUGUUUUUCUGCAUUUUAAGGCGAAUACUGGGAAAAUUCUAUUUUUGGACUCCUGGUUUUGGUGCUGCUUUACCAGCGUCCUACAUGGCUAUUCUUAUUGAAAGGAAGAGCAGGAGGGGGCUGCUUACAAUUUACAUGGCCAAUUUGGCCACAGAAACACUAUUCCGCAUGGGAGUAUCAAGAGGAACAAUUACUCCGUUAAGACAUGGAGAGGUCCUUUUAUUCUGUGUAACAGCUGCCUUGUUUAUGUUCUUUUUCAGAAGCAAGGAUGGUUUGAAAGGAUUUACAUUCUCGGCACUGAAAUUCAUUGUAGGGAAAGAAGAAAUUCCCACCCAUUCCUAUGUACCGGAAGGAGUUUUUGUAAAGAAAGAAAUUAAAAUAAAACACUGCGAAGAUAUAACACAGCAAAUGAAUUUUAUUGCUGCAACAAAAAAAAUGGUGGACAAUAUAUGCAAAAAUGGUCCCAGGCACAGAUGCUGUAAGCACUACGAAGAUAAUUGCAUCUCAUAUUGCAUUAAAGGCUUCAUUAGGAUGUUUAGCGUCGGAUACUUGAUCCAGUGUUGCCUUCGCAUCCCAUCUGCGUUCCGACAUCUAUUUACAAAACCAUCCCGGCUUCUCUCGCUUUUCUACAACAAAGAAAACUUCCAGCUUGGAGCUUUCCUUGGGUCAUUCGUCAGCAUAUACAAAGGUACAAGCUGUUUCCUACGAUGGGUACGGAACCUGGACGAUGAAGUACACGCACUCAUUGCAGGGCCCCUAGCAGGACUGUCAAUGAUGUUUUACAGAAGCACAACUAUUUCAAUGUACCUGGCUUCCAAACUAGUAGAGACUAUGUAUUUCAAAGGCAUUGAAGCUGGAAAGGUUCCUUAUUUCCCUCAUGCAGACAGUAUAAUCUAUGCUGUAUCCACUGCCAUCUGCUUCCAAGCUGCUGUGAUGGAAGUCCAGAAUCUGAGACCUUCGUACUGGAAAUUCCUAUUGCGAUUAACCAAAGGAAGAUUCGGUGUCAUGAACAGAAAAAUAUUGGAUACAUUUGGUACUGAAGCAUCUAAGAAUUUUAAGGAUUUCUGUCCAGAACUUGACCCAAGAUAUACAGUGUAUCCACCAGAGAGACCACUUGAAAAGUCUUGGAACUGAUAUAUCCGUCCGUGAUUAUGUCUUAGCACUGGCUGUCCUAAAGAGUUAAUUAACUUAAUAGUCAAAUAGAUGGAAGACUGCUUGUGUUCCACAUCAGUAUUGUUUCAGUGAGUUAUAUUAUACAAUCAAAAUACUGAAGCACCAUUGCAAGGUGUGGCUUAAUUCCACUUCCCUUCUUAGAUAGAAGUUCUGGAUCACUGGCUGGUUGACACAACCUGGUAGAUUUUUAAAAAUUGCAUUAUAUAUCAACGGAUUAAUAUAUGAAAAAGAAUUUUUUUAAAAAAUAAAAAGCCCAAUGUGGUUUAAAAGAUAUACAUUCACAGUUCACUCUGACUCAUUCCAGUAAGUAGCUUUUUUAAAAAAAGAAAAAAAUGAUAUUUUUACAUUUAGAAAUAAAAGAUACGUAAAACAAAUAUAUGUAUAUGUAUGCUAUAGUUGCAGAUCAGAUUCUAGUGGAAAAGAUUUUCUUUUAGAUGGAUUUUGUUUUAAAGAAAAGAUUAUUAUGGCUCUUGACAAUUGUUUCAAAAGGCAAUAUCAGUACUUUAUUUAUACAACUGCUCUGUUUCUAUCCAACUUUGGCUUUGAAUACUAUCUCCUGAGACCAUCAUCUCUCCAAACCCAGUUGCACACGAAGAGGUAAAAGGGUGGGGGAGAAGUUGGACAUUUGGACUUCUCGAGAGGAAUGUAGUAGUUUUUCAGUAGUUUGCAUACAUGAAUGGAAGAGGGGGAAAAUUACACUGUUCUAACAACAUUCUUCAGAAAGUGAAUAUGCCACUGAACACACAGCCGUCUUGAUUUCAUAAACUUGAAUGUUGCUUUCCAGUAACAUUCAACGUGAAUCCAAGACCUUACACUUAGUGGAUUAAGUAAAAGAGGAGAACAUGUUAACAAUAUUGGUGAUAUCUGCUUCUACAGAUUGUGUUAGCUGAUUUUUCUGAUCAGCCCGUGACACUUAAUGUAAAGCUGCCCAUUAUGCAAAGCCAGUUCCCUUGGUGGAUUAUCUGAUUUCUGGAUUAACAGCCACCUUACCGUAGCUGCAUGUGAACUGCAAGGAAGACCUUUCAAAGCAUUUGAGAGAUUAAAAGGGGGAAAAAAAACUCUACUCAGAUCUGUACAAUACCUUAAAAGCUGAAAUAUUUGUGAUUAAAAAUACAAGAAAAAGAGAGGUUGCUUGGAACUAGAUUUAAUUUCUCUAAACUAACCCCCACCCCCCGCCCAUUAUAUGAUUUGAGCAUGCACAAAAAUUAACCAGUAUUAUUUCACUCACUGUAACCAUGAUGCUGCGUUCACAGGACAGGAGCAUAACAUUUUAUUUUGAUCCUAAGGAAUUUGUCAGAAUUGCCAUUCAGGCUAAGCAAAUGGAAAUGAAAGUGGAAUGGGAAAAAAAUAUACCGUAGAACACCUCUCUCUUUCUAAUGUGCAAUAAUGUUUCAGUAAUUUGCACUUAUGUUCCAGGUGCUGUUUGGACUAACAGGGCUGAUUGUGUUUAUUAUCUUUGCUGGAGAAUGAAAUCAUAUGCCAGUCCUUUAAGAGACCAUUGAUGAUGCUUGUUCAGUAUUAUUACUUUUUCCCCCUCCGUAGAUUUUACAUCUGGUUUUGUCAAACCUUUUUGAAUCCAUUUCUGGCCCUUAGGUGUGGAUCAAAAAGGUUAUUUAAAUCAGAUGGCUGCCCUAAAAAAUAAUUACUGCCAAUUGUGCGGUGGAAGUGAUGCAUUGUCAAUUUCUAGAUGAGCAGAAAGUUUGAAUGUCCCAGGUAGGGGUCUUCCUGAUCAAUGGCAAUAGCGCUUAGACUUGUAUACCGCUUUACAGUGCUUUUACAGCCCUCUCUAAGCGGUUUACAGAGCCAGCCUAUCGCCCCCCAACAAUCUGGCUCCUCAUUUUACUGACCUCGGAAGGCCGAGUCCAACCUUAAGACGGUCAGGAUAGAAUUGCCGAACUGCAGUCAGUGGGCAGUCAGCAGAAAUACUGCAUUCUAACCACUGUGCCACCGCGGCUCACCAUAUUCCUUAUGAAAGGCAAUAGAUCAAGUACUUCAUAAUAGCAAACUCGGAACUCGCCAAUCUAUCCAACUCCCGUCUCAUGUGUUUGCCUGUGACUUUGAAGUCUGCUGAAAUAGUUUGAAGCACCCCAAGACUGGUGCAACACAAAUACCCCCCCCCCCAAAAAUAUAAAUAGUAUAAGAUGUGGGGCUGUUCGUUAAUGUCUGGUAGAACAAAGAAAAUAGAAUAAUGAGGUUAGGAGGGAACUUGCUGGUUGGGCUUGAAGAAUAAUUAAAUAGAAGAAAUGCCUAGUCAGCAUUUAUUUUUAAUUCUGUCUCUAAACGCCAGUAUUUCUUUUAUCCGAGCAUCCUAGUUUCGUGAAAGGAAAAGAUUUUAAGAAAUUAACUUGGGGGGUAGGAGGGGCUGAGAUGGAAUGGAAUGGAGGUCAUCUGCAGUCAGCAUUGAGUAGGAAAGAGCCAGAAUGAUAGUCGAGGAUUUGAGCGCUUUCCUCUUACUCUUUUUUUAAAUUAUUUUUUAAACCUCAGGACAGCAUGGGAGAUCUAACAUCUAAGGAUA